AUGGCUAACUUAAGGUGUGUUUGCAUGUUAUAUGGCCUGUUCCUCGUCGUAGUACAAGCCAAGGCACAAGCACCAGCAAUGUCACCAAUUAAUGCAUCACCAGUACCACCAUUACCUCCUUCAAACCCACCAACUUUGGCAACUCCACCACUCUCUUCCACUCCACCACCUACGUCCACUCCACCAGUCGCAAGCCCAACUACUUCCCCACCACCAAGCUCCCCACCUCCCACUGCUCCUCCCGUUAGUUCACCUGUGCAAACACCAGCAUUACCACCUGCACCAGUAAGCACACCUCCAGUUCAGGCACCACCACCAGCCCAGCCACCUGCCCCUUCGUCACCUCCACCAGCAGUAUCACCUGCCCCAGCAACUUUGCCACCUGCACCAGCCCCAACAACAAAGGCACCUGCACCCGCAAAGCCGGCUCCUGCACCAGCACCAGUGGCUGUAUCGCCAAUCCUGGCACCAGUAAAUGGGCCCUCAACAGCACCAGCACCAGCACCCUCAGAGGGGAAAAGAAAGCGAAAGCACAAACAUAAGCAUAAGAGGCACCAUCAUGCACCAGCACCAGCCCCGAUACCGCCAAGCCCCCCUGCACCUCCUACAGUAGAUACAGAUUCAUCAGAAGAUACAUCACCAGCACCAUCUCCAGAUUUGAAUGAAGGAAUAUCAAUUUAUCAGCCAGGACACUCAUUGAGUAGGUGGAUGACAGGACUCAUAGCAGCUGCUCUGCUCGUUGCUUUGUAAUUUCGACCUUCAUUUAAACAAGCAAUGGAUUCUUUUCCAUUCAUUCAUGUUAGCUUGCUUUUUGUAUAAGAUGAGAGUUGGAGGCAUUUCCAGUUGACAAAAUGCAAUUGAGUUACUUACACAUAAUUAUUUUAAAUA